GUUGAACGGAUGACGCCCGAAGACAGCCCUCCACGUAUGUGUACCGGAUGUUUAGUUGAAUCUUCAGCUCUAGUCCCAAAGCCACCGGUCCCUCCAGACAAAGAUGUGUUCACGGGAGAAUAGCGGUCACAAGAUCAAUGCAUCCAUCCGAAUGAACGAAGCAUAUAAUCAGGCCAGUUCAUCCAUGCGGAAGCGGUUCUUUAACGUGAUAAGCUCACCUUUGCGUGGCCAAGAAUCUCCGAAUGGACUUCGAUCAGACGGAAACGGUGGAGGAGAUAAACCACUUUGGGCACGUUCAGUUUCUACGCCUUAUGAAAUGAGUACUCUGAAUCGACAGGAUUCAGUGGGUUCCAGUGAUAGUACCCAAGGAAACAAAAAGAUCACACGAGUUCGCGUAGCAGCAUAGAUGAAAUGGAGCAGGAGGAAGAUGUCCGAACGGAAGCUAUUCAACGACAAAGAGAACUCGAAUUUGCGCACACUCUCAUGAAGGCUCCGGAGGAAUUGGGUGUCGAUCUCUGCAGGACGGACUCAGAGCCCGAUCUCGUACAAACAAUAUGCGCUCCAAAUUGUUUCAGCAAAGAAGUCAUCCGAAUGGACAAGAAACUAUAUCAAAUUGAUGUGGCAAACAACCGAAUUUCGACACUCCGAAGUCUAUCAGGCACAGCUGCGAUGGCCGGAGAUUUUCAGGCCCUAGAAUUUUUACAUCACACGUUGUUACGCAUCCGCAGGCAAAGAGCAGUACUGUUUAAACACGCAGACAAGUAUCUCAAUGAAUUUAAACAAGAUCCUUCUAGGAUGAUGCCACACGCCAGCAAAAGGACUGGUCCAAGCGAAUCAGACGAAGGCGCAAAGGAAGACGGUAGGAAGGUGACCUUCAUUGUUCAAGGUGACGAAGAUGAUAGUGAUUUACGAUGGGAGCUAAACAGUCUCAACCUAAGUACCGAUAGCUCCACGGAAAGUGAGGAAGAUAUACCCACGGCAGAGGAACUACAGCAUUUGGCGCGCGAGAUUCGCAAAACAGAGGGUACACGAUUCAAGCGGAAGUUGGCUCAUCGAAAGAACUCAACAGACAGUGAACAUAUGCCCCCUCCACCAAAUCCGUUGGCUCAUUCAGGUCGAGUACUGUUGCGUUCUCAUGCAACAAUGCCGGGAAGUAUGAACUCCCAGAGAAGGACAAGUUCAGCCUCAUUGGUCACCCAGGCAAAUGCAGGUGGGUUGAAGGUUAGCCAUGUUCCAAAGCUACCAUUCAAUUUACUGAGUCUAACAGGACAGUUGUCCUGGAUGGUGUCAGAGUACAUUGAGCAUGAUACUUCCACUUUUAAAUGGGCCACUGACCUUAUUCACUCUAUUAGUCGCAUGUCAGUGACCAAAGCUACCUGGCUUAAUGUGCACCAACAGCUUCGGGAAACCACUGAGUUGCUGUAUAGGCACCGUGGUCGCAACCAACGGUUGGCUCAUUCGGCAUCAGCAAAAGGAGAGAUAGCCUGGAACCAUCUGCAAAUGGCACAUGCCAGUCUUAUUUCUAGCGAAAGCACGACUGUGACCUCUGAAAUGGGAAGAAAACUGUUGAGUUCUCCUAAGACGAAGAUAAGAGAUCGUAAACUACCUCGACUGUCAUCGUUGCUGGAAAAAAAAUUUCACCUGGCUUAUGUGUGCGAUCUGAUCCUGUGGAGAGCCCACAAAAUAUUAUUUCUCAACCAAGUCGAGGCUCCUCAUGAUACUGCUAAGUAUCAGCUGAUAGACUUCCGAAUACGUCAUAUGCAACUACGAUUGGAUCAGGCGAAUACGAUCAACUGGUCUCCGGAGCUGAUCGACUGGAUCAUGUGCUGGAUUGAUAAGGCCAUGCAGUCGCAAACACAGGUGCAAUUAGCCAUUGAUGACUAUUUUUGUCUAAAUGAGCUAAAAUGCUUAAAAACAUCUAUCGAGCAAUUACGGACUUUAGUCGAACAUGUAAACGCAUCGGAAUUUCUUUCAGAGGAUUACUUGCUUCCAGGUUCAGGUGACACCAAUGGUCCGGAGUUCAUUACGAACCAGAAAGACAGCGUUGAGCCGCAUCGCCAUCGCCACUAUCAUCCUCAUCAUCUGCACCACGGGCAAGGAGGCCACCAGCAAGACUUGCGUCCGGUGGACGCCGACAGGUGCUCUCAUGCAUAUUCAGCUUUGGUACAGCAGGUACACGAUAGUGCAAUGGCCAGACGCCCACUAGGCUACUUUGCUGAACGUGCACUAUACGACAUCGCCUUUGAGUUAAAUUGUCCAAUCGACUGGAAGGAACGCCUAGCCAAUUUGCUGGUUGAACUGGUUGAGGCUCAUAAUGAAUGGGAACACCUGUUACACUCUAGGCUGAGCCGUGAGUUUUAUGAAGAGUUAUUUGAAUCAAUGACAUCACCAAAAACUGUGCGCCUCUAAUGAUCUUAGAGGACAAAUCCCUAAUUCGCAAUCUCUUCUUGGAUGCCUCUGGCGAUGGUAUUACCCAUUGCACGAUGCGCAACAUACUACUACCCGAGUAAUAAGAGAUGGCUUAUCAAAUCUACCAAUAAACGAUCGCCCAAUCUGUUCUGUUUCUUGAACUAUACCCUUAGGCUACUG